ACUGGAGAUUAUGGACGUACGGAAGAUAUGGACAAUGGCUGGCAAACAACAGUGUUUCCCACCCCGACUGUGAUGAUAACUACAGCCGGACCAGAUCCUCGUCAUCUAUCCACAAUCUGCAGCACAUGGGGAAAUUUCCACUUCAAGACAUUUGAUGGUCAUUUCUUUCAAAUGGCUGACACAUGUGACUACGUUCUGGCGGUGAUGUGCGACACAACUGCUUCUGAUUUUAACAUCCAAAUGCAAAGAAAGUUUGUGAAUGGCUCAGCCACUUUUAAGUCAGUCACUAUACAGCUGCAGGGGACGGUCAUCAAACUCAGUGAUGGCAAAAUACUCAUGGACGACCAAGAGUUAACUAUUCCAACCUUUGAACAUGGAAUUAAAAUCGAGGGAAGCUCAUCAAGUGUAAAGAUUUCUAAACAAAAUGGAGUCACUGUCUUUUGGGAAGAGGCGCAGUCUUUACUGAUUGAACUUCCUGAGAAAUACCGAGGGCAGACUUGCGGACUUUGUGGAAACUUCAAUGGCAACCAAGUCGAUGAUAUUAGUUAUGAUCUGGCCGCAUGGAAGUUGGCUACAGUAGAAUCCUGCGAAGAUGUCACACUUCCCCAAGACGAUCAGUGUGAAAGCAAGGGACACAUUUGUCAAGAGUAUCUCAGCAGUUCAGGGUUAUAUGACUGUCGCCACGUGUUGGACUUAAGUUACUUUGAGAAAGCCUGCGCAGAUGACCUGUGUCAGUGUCACGGCAACCAAGACUGUAUCUGCAACACGCUUACAGAAAUAUCACGACAGUGCACACAUGCUGGUGGCAAGCCAGGAACAUGGAGAACAGAGGAAUUAUGUCCAGCAAAAAAAUGUCCACCAAACAUGGAAUACAUGGAAUGUGCUGGCCCAUGCAAAAAUACUUGCUCGGAUCCAGGUGGAAGUCCGCAGUGUACAGAACACUGUGUAGAUGGCUGUUUCUGCCCUGAGGGCACUGUGGAAGACAACAUUGGUAACAGUGGUUGCAUUCCCGUAAACAAAUGUCCAUGUAUGCAUGACGGCACAAUAUACCAGACUGGAGAGUCAUACGAGCAAGCGUGUAAACAAUGCGAGUGUGCUGCUGGACGCUGGAGUUGCACGGAUCUGGAAUGUCCUGGAAUCUGCUCUGUUGUGGGAGGCUCUCACAUCACCACUUAUGAUGGAAAAACCUUCAGCUUUAAUGGCAACUGUGACUACAUCCUCACUAAGCACUCUAAUGACAGUGACAUCGCUGUUAUUGGAAAUCUGGCAAUGUGUGAUUUGAUGAGAACAGGCACAUGUUUGAAUUCUGUUACUAUUGUCAUCUCCGGGACCACCAUUAGUUUUUCAUCCAGUGGGACUGUCACACUAAACGGAAACAGUCCAUAUGAUCUUCCAGUGUCCACAGAACAAGUAGUCAUCUUUCAGCCCUCUUCUUCCUUCAUUAUCGCUGAUAUGAAGAGUCUUCGUGUGGAGAUUCAACUGUCUCCAAUUAUGCAGUUGUAUAUUGUAGCCAGCACUACAGAGAAAGGCAAAAUGAGUGGUCUGUGUGGGAACUAUAACGAUAUCCAAAAAGAUGACUUUAAAACAGCUUCAGGCAUUAUUGAAGGAACACCAACAACCUUUGUCAACUUUUGGAAAAAAGUAUACAGUUGUUCAGAUGUUGAAAACACAUUUGAUAACCCCUGCAGUCUAAGUGUGGACACAGAGAAACUUGCAAAAGACUGGUGUUCGCGUCUCACAGACCCAAAUGGAACCUUUUCCUCUUGUCAUUCAGAAAUCUCUCCAGAGAAAUAUUAUACAAACUGUGUUUAUGACACCUGUAAGUGUGCUGAUGUCGGCAACUGUUACUGUGCGGCCCUCUCCGCCUAUGCCCAUGCAUGCGCCGCAAGAGGGAUCAUUCUCCAGGGCUGGCUGGAUUCGUACUCCUGCGACAAAUAUUCCAAGUGUUCAGACCAUAUGAAGUACUCUUACAGCGUCAUCAGUUGUAGCAACACCUGCCGUUCUCUCAGUGGAAAGGACCACACCUGCAAAGUGUUUACACCUGUAGAAGGCUGCAUUUGUCCCGAGGGUACCUAUCUUAACGAUGCAGGCAGCUGUGUGCAUGCUGACCAGUGCCCUUGUUACUAUGACAACAAGGUCAUAGACCCAUCAGGAUCUUUAAACAUAGAUGGUUUUAAAUGCACCUGCACUCAUGGCAUGUUACACUGCUCCAGUCAUCAAGACUGUGUUGAUCCAAUGGUCUAUUUCAACUGCUCCAGUGAACCUGGACAAAAAGGCACAGAGUGUCAGAGGACAUGUCAGAACCAAGACCCAAACAACUGUGUGAGCACAGGGUGUGUAUCAGGUUGUAUGUGCCCAGAUGGCUUUCUGGUUGAUGGUAAUGGUGGAUGUGUGAAGAAGCAAGACUGCAAGUGUACCCACAAUGGAGUAAACUACUCACCUGGGGAGCAGGUUCAACAAGAUUGUAACAACUGCACAUGCAAAAAUGGUAUGUGGGCUUGUACAGAAAAUGAAUGUUACGGCACCUGUACCAUCUAUGGUGAAGGUCAUUUUAGGACUUUUGAUGGCAAGAGAUAUUCUUACUACGGAACUUGCCAAUACAUUUUGGCACAGGAUCACUGCGAUGUACAGAGCAGUUCCUCUUUCAGCCUUGUAACUGAGAACAUCCCAUGUGAAAGCACCAACUCCAUUUGCUCCACAUCCAUCAGUCUGGUUGUUGGGAGAUUCACAAUAAUCUUAGGGUCUGAAGAUAAGGUCAAAGUUGUUGAAGGAAAUGGAACUGAUCACAAAUAUCAAAUCUAUUCUGCUGGGAUAUAUACUGUCAUAGAGGUAGAAAAGAUGUUAAACUUAAUUUGGGAUCGCAAAACAAGCCUUAUGCUUCAACUCCAUCAGAAUCUAAAGGGCGAAGUGUGUGGACUGUGUGGAAACUUUGACGGCAACGCCAAUAAUGACAUUGUGAAAAAAGAUGGAGAAGAGGUCACUGAUGUGGUGGUGUUUGGAAAUAGCUGGAAAGUGAGUGCAAGCUGCCCAGAAGUGAACAGUUUAAUAAACCCCUGUGAGAAAAACCCUCACCGGAGUGCCUGGGCUCAGAGGAAAUGCAGCCACAUUACAAGCAAUGUCUUUACAGAUUGCCAUUCACUAGUGGACUCUGCCCCAUACUAUGAUGCCUGUGUGAGGGACACCUGUGCAUGUGAUUCUGGGGGAGACUGUGAUUGUUUGUGUACAGCAUUGUCUGCUUAUGCUGCUGAAUGCCGUAAAAGGGGAGCUUGCGUGACAUGGCGCAGCCAAGAAUUUUGUCCUUUAUUCUGUGACUACUACAAUGGUGAUGAAGAAUGUGUGUGGCACUAUGAAAACUGUAGCUCAACCUGCAUGAAAACCUGCAAAAACCGCUUAGGAGAAUGCUCUAAAAAUGCAAAACAAAUACCUCCCCUCGAAGGAUGUUUUCCUCAGUGCCCUUCAGACAGGCCAUAUUUCAGGGAGGACAUUAUGAAAUGUGUUCCGGAGAAAACAUGUAACUAUUGUUUAUAUGACAAUGAGCUCUAUCCCCCUGGAACUGUAGUUUACAGCACCAACGAUGGAAGUGAUACUUGUUUCAGUGGGACAUGUUCAUCAAAUGGGGAAAUUGAAAGACAUAUUUUUAAAUGCAUACAUACACCAACUCCCACACCUUUCAUUUUUUCAACUACUACUGUCACCAUUACACCCACAACAACAAAGACAUCUAUGAGCACAACAACAGAAACACCAACGACAACAACAACUACUACCACAACAACUACUGAAACACCCACAACAACAGAGACACCAACAACAACAACCACUCCUACAACAACAACUACUGAAACACCAACCCCCAAAACACCAGAGACAACAACAUCCACAACCACUCCUACAACAACUACUGAAACACCAACACCCACAACACCAGAGACAACAACAUCCACAACCACUCCUACAACAACUACUGUAACACCAACCCCCACAACACCAGAAACAACAACAUCCACAACCACUCCUACAACUACUGAAACACCAACCCCCACAACACCAGAGACAACAACAUCCACAACCAGUCCUACAACAACUACUGUAACACCAACCCCCACAAAACCAGAAACAACAACAUCCACAACCACUCCUACAACUACUGAAACACCAACACCCACAACACCAGAGACAACAACAUCCACAACCACUCCUACAACAACAACUACUGAAACACCAACACCCACAACAACAGAGACAACAACAUCCACAACCACUCCUACAACAACUACUGUAACACCAACAGCAACAGAGACAACAACAUCCACGACCACUCCUACAACAACUACUGUAACACCAACACCAACAGAGACAACAACAUCCACAACCACUCCUACAACAACAACUACUGAAACACCAACACCCACAACACCAGAGACAACACCAUCUACAACCACUCCUACAACUACUGAAACACCAACCCCCACAACACCAGAGACAACAACAUCCAAAACCACUCCUACAACAACUACUGUAACACCAACACCAACAGAGACAACAACAUCCACAACCACUCCUACAACAACAACUACUGAAACACCAACCCCCACAACACCAGAGACAACAACAUCCACAACCACUCCUAGAACAACUACUGUAACACCAAAACCAACAGAGACAACAUCAUCCACAACCACUCCUACAACAACAACUACUGAAACACCAACCCCCACAACACCAGAGACAACAACAUCCACAACCACUCCUACAUCAACAACAACUACUGAAACACCAACACCCUGUUACCCCAACAUCUGUAACUGGUCACCCUGGAUUGACAGCAACCCACCCAGUACAGAACCUUAUGGGUUUGAAACAGAAUCCAUCAAUAAAUUGUGGAAAUCAGAACAAAUUUCCUGUCAGAACCCUGAAGAUAUUGAAUGUAGAGCAGUAGAUUAUUCAGGACAAUCCUUGGAAUCUUUAGGACAAAAAGUGUAUUGCAAUACAUCCUUUGGACUGACAUGUUCAAAUAGAGAAAAUUUAAAUUUGAACAGCAUACCACCACUCUGUUAUAAUUAUGAAAUACGUGUAAAAUGUUGUAAUUCUUGCCCAACACCAGAGGCAACAACAUCCACAACCACUCCUACAACAACAACUACUGAAACACCAACCCCCACAACAUCAGAGACAACAACAUCCACAAUCACUCCUACAACAACUACUGUAACACCAACACCAACAGAGACAACAACAUCCACAACCACUCCUACAACAAGUACUUUAACACCAACACCAACAGAGACAACAACAUCCACAACCACUCCUACAACAAGUACUGUAACACCAACACCAACAGAGACAACAACAUCCACAACCACUCCUACAACAACAACUACUGAAACACCAACACCCUCAACACCAGAGACAACAACAUCCACAACCACUCCUACAACAACAACUACUGAAACACCAACACCCACAACACCAGAGACAACAACAUCCACAACCACUCCUACAACAACUACUGUAACACCAACACCAACAGAGACAACAACAUCCACAACCACUCCUACAACAACAACUACUGAAACACCAACACCCACAACACCAGAGACAACAACACCCACAACCACUCCUACAACAACUACUGUAACACCAACACCAACAGAGACAACAACAUCCACAACCACUCUUACAACAACAACUACUGAAACACCAACCCCCACAACACCAGAGAGAACAACAUCCACAACCAGUCCUACAACAACUACUGUAACACCAACCCCCACAACACCAGAAACAACAACAUCCACAACCACUCCUACAACUACUGAAACACCAACACCAACAACACCAGAGACAACAACAUCCACAACGACUACUACAACAACAACUACUGAAACACCAACACCCUGUUACCCCAACAUCUGUAACUGGUCACCCUGGAUUGAUAGCAACCCACCCAGUACAGAACCUUAUGGGUUUGAAACAGAAUCCAUCGAUAAAUUGUGGAAAUCAGAACAAAUUUCCUGUCAGAACCCUGAAGGUAUUGAAUGUAGAGCAGUAGAAUAUUCAGGACAAUCCUUGGAAUCUUUAGGACAAAAACUGUAUUGCAAUACAUCCUUUGGACUGACAUGUUCAAAUAGAGAAAAUUUAAAUUUGAACAGCAUACUGUGUUAUAAUUAUGAAAUACGUGUAAAAUGUUGUAAUUCUUGCCCAACACCAGAGGCAAAAACAUCCACAACCACUCCUACAACAACAACUUCUGAAACACCAACCCCCACAACAUCAGAGACAACAACAUCCACAACCACUCCUACAACAACUACUGUAACACCAACACCAACUGAGACAACAACAUCCACAACCACUCCUACAACAACAGCUACUGAAACACCAACCCCCACAACACCAGAGACAACAACAUCCACAACCACUCCUACAACAACUACUGUAACACCAACACCAACAGAGACAACAACAUCCACAACCACUCCUACAACAACAACUACUGAAACACCAACACCCUCAACACCAGAGACAACAACAUCCACAACCACUCCUACAACAACAACUACUGAAACACCAACACCUACAGGACCAGAAACAACAACAUCCACAACCACUCCUACAACAACUACUGUAACACCAACACCAACUGAGACAACAACAUCCACAACCACUUCUACAACAACUACUGUAACACCAACACCAACAGAGACAACAACAUCCACAACCACUCCUACAACAACAACUACUGAAACACCAACACCCACAACAACAGAGACAACAACAUCCACAACCACUCCUACAACAACAACUACUGAAACACCAACCCCCACAACACCAGAAACAACAUCAUCCACAACCACUCCUACAACAACUACUGUUACACCAACACCAACAGAGAGAACAACAUCCACAACCACUCCUACAUCAACAACUACUGAAACACCAACACCCACAACACCAGAGACAACAACAUCCACAACCACUCCUACAACUACUGAAACACCAACCCCCACAACACCAGAGACAACAACAUCCACAACCACUACUACAUCAACAACAACUACUGAAACACCAACACCCUGUUACCCCAACAUCUGUAACUGGUCACCCUGGAUUGACAGCAACCCACCCAGUACAGAACCUUAUGGGUUUGAAACAGAAUCCAUCGAUAAAUUGUGGAAAUCAGAACAAAUUUCCUGUCAGAACCCUGAAGAUAUUGAAUGUAGAGCAGUAGAUUAUUCAGGACAAUCCUUGGAAUCUUUAGGACAAAAAGUGUAUUGCAAUACAUCCUUUGGACUGACAUGUUCAAAUAGAGAAAAUUUAAAUUUGAACAGCAUACCACCACUCUGUUAUAAUUAUGAAAUACGUGUAAAAUGUUGUAAUUCUUGCCCAACACCAGAGGCAACAACAUCCACAACCACUCCUACAACAACAACUACUGAAACACCAACCCCCACAACAUCAGAGACAACAACAUCCACAACCACUCCUACAACAACUACUGUAACACCAACACCAACAGAGACAACAACAUCCACAACCACUCCUACAACAAGUACUGUAACACCAACACCAACAGAGACAACAACAUCCACAACCACUCCUACAACAAGUACUGUAACACCAACACCAACAGAGACAACAACAUCCACAACCACUCCUACAACAACAACUACUGAAACACCAACACCCUCAACACCAGAGACAACAACAUCCACAACCACUCCUACAACAACAACUACUGAAACACCAACACCCACAACACCAGAGACAACAACAUCCACAACCAGUCCUACAACAACUACUGUAACACCAACACCAACAGAGACAACAACAUCCACAACCACUCAUACAACAACAACUACUGAAACACCAACACCCACAACACCAGAGACAACAACACCCACAACCACUCCUACAACAACUACUGUAACACCAACACAUACAGAAACAAUAACAUCCACAACAACUCUUACAACAACAACUACUGAAACACCAACCCCCACAACACCAGAGAGAACAACAUCCACAACCAGUCCUACAACAACUACUGUAACACCAACCCCCACAACACCAGAAACAACAACAUCCACAACCACUCCUACAACUACUGAAACACCAACACCAACAACACCAGAGACAACAACAUCCACAACGACUACUACAACAACAACUACUGAAACACCAACACCCUGUUACCCCAACAUCUGUAACUGGUCACCUUGGAUUGAUAGCAACCCACCCAGUACAGAACCUUAUGGGUUUGAAACAGAAUCCAUCGAUAAAUUGUGGAAAUCAGAACAAAUUUCCUGUCAGAACCCUGAAGGUAUUGAAUGUAGAGCAGUAGAAUAUUCAGGACAAUCCUUGGAAUCUGUCGGACAAAAACUGUAUUGCAAUACAUCCUUUGGACUGACAUGUUCAAAUAGAGAAAAUUUAAAUUUGAACAGCAUACUGUGUUAUAAUUAUGAAAUACGUGUAAAAUGUUGUAAUUCUUGCCCAACACCAGAGGCAAAAACAUCCACAACCACUCCUACAACAACAACUUCUGAAACACCAACCCCCACAACAUCAGAGACAACAACAUCCACAACCACUCCUACAACAACUACUGUAACACCAACACCAACUGAGACAACAACAUCCACAACCACUCCUACAACAACUACUGUAACACCAACACCAACAGAGACAACAACAUCCACAACCACUCCUACAACAACAGCUACUGAAACACCAACCCCCACAACACCAGAGACAACAACAUCCACAACCACUCCUACAACAACUACUGUAACACCAACACCAACAGAGACAACAACAUCCACAACCACUCCUACAACAACAACUACUGAAACACCAACACCCUCAACACCAGAGACAACAACAUCCACAACCAAUCCUACAACAACAACUACUGAAACACCAACACCUACAGGACCAGAAACAACAACAUCCACAACCACUCCUACAACAACUACUGUAACACCAACACCAACUGAGACAACAACAUCCACAACCACUCCUACAACAACUACUGAAACACCAACACCCACAACACCAGAGACAACAACAUCCACAACCACUCCUACAUCAACAACAACUACUGAAACACCAACACCCUGUUACCCCAACAUCUGUAACUGGUCACCCUGGAUUGACAGCAACCCACCCAGUACAGAACCUUAUGGGUUUGAAACAGAAUCCAUCGAUAAAUUGUGGAAAUCAGAACAAAUUUCCUGUCAGAACCCUGAAGAUAUUGAAUGUAGAGCAGUAGAUUAUUCAGGACAAUCCUUGGAAUCUUUAGGACAAAAAGUGUAUUGCAAUACAUCCUUUGGACUGACAUGUUCAAAUAGAGAAAAUUUAAAUUUGAACAGCAUACCACCACUCUGUUAUAAUUAUGAAAUACGUGUAAAAUGUUGUAAUUCUUGCCCAACACCAGAGGCAACAACAUCCACAACCACUCCUACAACAACAACUACUGAAACACCAACCCCCACAACAUCAGAGACAACAACAUCCACAACCACUCCUACAACAACUACUGUAACACCAACACCAACAGAGACAACAACAUCCACAACCACUCCUACAACAAGUACUGUAACACCAACACCAACAGAGACAACAACAUCCACAACCACUCCUACAACAAGUACUGUAACACCAACACCAACAGAGACAACAACAUCCACAACCACUCCUACAACAACAACUACUGAAACACCAACACCCUCAACACCAGAGACAACAACAUCCACAACCACUCCUACAACAACAACUACUGAAACACCAACACCCACAACACCAGAGACAACAACAUCCACAACAACUACUGUAACACCAACACCAACAGAGACAACAACAUCCACAACCACUUCUACAACAACAACUACUGAAACACCAACACCCACAACACCAGAGACAACAACACCCACAACCACUCCUACAACAACUACUGUAACACCAACACCAACAGAGACAACAACAUCCACAACCACUCUUACAACAACAACUACUGAAACACCAACCCCCACAACAUCAGAGACAACAACAUCCACAACCACUCCUACAACUACUGAAACACCAACACCCACAACACCAGAGACAACAACAUCCACAACCAGUCCUACAACAACAACUACUGAAACACCAACACCUACAGGACCAGAAACAACAACAUCCACAACCACUCCUACAACAACUAAUGUAACACCAACACCAACUGAGACAACAACAUCCACAACCACUCCUACAACAACUACUGUAACACCAACACCAACUGAGACAACAACAUCCACAACCACUCCUACAACAACUACUGUAACACCAACACCAACAGAGACAACAACAUCCACAACCACUCCUACAACAACAACUACUGAAACACCAACACCCACAACACCAGAGACAACAACAUCCACAACAACUACUGUAACACCAACACCAACAGAGACAACAACAUCCACAACCACUUCUACAACAACAACUACUGAAACACCAACACCCACAACACCAGAGACAACAACACCCACAACCACUCCUACAACAACUACUGUAACACCAACACCAACAGAGACAACAACAUCCACAACCACUCUUACAACAACAACUACUGAAACACCAACCCCCACAACAUCAGAGACAACAACAUCCACAACCACUCCUACAACUACUGAAACACCAACACCCACAACACCAGAGACAACAACAUCCACAACCAGUCCUACAACAACAACUACUGAAACACCAACACCUACAGGACCAGAAACAACAACAUCCACAACCACUCCUACAACAACUACUGUAACACCAACACCAACUGAGACAACAACAUCCACAACCACUCCUACAACAACUACUGUAACACCAACACCAACUGAGACAACAACAUCCACAACCACUCCUACAACAACUACUGUAACACCAACACCAACAGAGACAACAACAUCCACAACCACUCCUGCAACAACAACUACUGAAACACCAACACCCUCAACACCAGAGACAACAACAUCCACAAACUCUCCUACAACAACAACUACUGAAACACCAACACCUACAGGACCAGAAACAACAACAUCCACAACCACUCCUACAACAACUACUGUAACACCAACAGAGACAACAACAUCCACAUCCACUCCUACAACAACAACUACUGAAACACCAACACCCUCAACACCAGAGACAACAACAUCCACAACCACUCCUACAACAAUAACUACUGAAACACCAACACCCACAACAACAGAGACAACAACAUCCACAACCACUCCUACAACAACAACUACUGAAACACCAACCCCCACAACACCAGAGACAACAACAUCCACAACCACUCCUACAUCAACAACAACUACUGAAACACCAACACCCUGUUACCCCAACAUCUGUAACUGGUCACCCUGGAUUGACAGCAACCCACCCAGUACAGAACCUUAUGGGUUUGAAACAGAAUCCAUCGAUAAAUUGUGGAAAUCAGAACAAAUUUCCUGUCAGAACCCUGAAGAUAUUGAAUGUAGAGCAGUAGAUUAUUCAGGACAAUCCUUGGAAUCUUUAGGACAAAAAGUGUAUUGCAAUACAUCCUUUGGACUGACAUGUUCAAAUAGAGAAAAUUUAAAUUUGAACAGCAUACCACCACUCUGUUAUAAUUAUGAAAUACGUGUAAAAUGUUGUAAUUCUUGCCCAACACCAGAGGCAACAACAUCCACAACCACUCCUACAACAACAACUACUGAAACACCAACCCCCACAACAUCAGAGACAACAACAUCCACAACCACUCCUACAACAACUACUGUAACACCAACACCAACAGAGACAACAACAUCCACAACCACUCCUACAACAAGUACUGUAACACCAACACCAACAGAGACAACAACAUCCACAACCACUCCUACAACAAGUACUGUAACAUUAACACCAACAGAGACAACAACAUCCACAACCACUCCUACAACAACAACUACUGAAACACCAACACCCUCAACACAAGAGACAACAACAUCCACAACCACUCCUACAACAACAACUACUGAAACACCAACACCCACAACACCAGAGACAACAACAUCCACAACCACUCCUACAACAACUACUGUAACACCAACACCAACAGAGACAACAACAUCCACAACCACUCCUACAACAACAACUACUGAAACACCAACACCCACAACACCAGAGACAACAACACCCACAACCACUCCUACAACAACUACUAUAACACCAACACCAACAGAGACAACAACAUCCACAACCACUCUUACAACAACAACUACUGAAACACCAACCCCCACAACACCAGAGACAACAACAUCCACAACCAGUCCUACAACAACUACUGUAACACCAACCCCCACAACACCAGAAACAACAUCAUCCACAACCACUCCUACAACUACUGAAACACCAACACCCACAACACCAGAGACAACAACAUCCACAACGACUCCUACAACAACAACUACUGAAACACCAACACCCUGUUACCCCAACAUCUGUAACUGGUCACCCUGGAUUGAUAGCAACCCACCCAGUACAGAACCUUAUGGGUUUGAAACAGAAUCCAUCGAUAAAUUGUGGAAAUCAGAACAAAUUUCCUGUCAGAACCCUGAAGAUAUUGAAUGUAGAGCAGUAGAAUAUUCAGGACAAUCCUUGGAAUCUUUAGGACAAAAAGUGUAUUGCAAUACAUCCUUUGGACUGACAUGUUCAAAUAGGGAAAAUUUAAAUUUGAACAGCAUACCACCACUCUGUUAUAAUUAUGAAAUACGUGUAAAAUGUUGUAAUUCUUGCCCAACACCAGAGACAACAACAUCCACAACCACUCCUACAACAACAACUACUGAAACACCAACCCCCACAACAUCAGAGACAACAACAUCCACAACCACUCUUACAACAACUACUGUAACACCUAUAACACCAGAGACAACAACAUCCACAGCCACUCCUACAACAACAACAACUGAAACACCAACACCCACAACACCAGAGACAACAACAUCCACAACCACUCUUACACCAACAACUACUGAAACACCAACACCCACAACUCCAGAGACAACAACAUCCACAACCAGUCCUACAACAACAACUACUGAAACACCAACCCCAACAACACCAGAAACAACAACAUCCACAACCACUCCUACAACAACUACUGUAACACCAACACCAACAGAGACAACAACAUCCACAACCACUCCUACAACAACAACUACUGAAACACCAACACCCACAACACCAGAGACAACAACAUCCACAACCACUCCUACACCAACAACUACUGAAACACCAACACCCACAACUCCAGAGACAACAACAUCCACAACCACUCCUACAACAACUACUGAAACACCAACACCCACAACUCCAGAGACAACAACAUCCACAACCACUCCUACACCAACAACUACUGAAACGCCAACACCCACAACUCCAGAGACAACAACUUCCACAACCAGUCCUACAACAACUACUGUAACACCAACACCAACAGAGACAACAACAUCCACAACCACUCCUACACCAACAACUACUGAAACACUAACACCCACAACUCCAGAGACAACAACAUCCACAACCAGUCCUACAACAACUACUGUAACAGCCACAACACCAGAGACAACAACAUCCACAACCACUCCUACAACAAUUACUGUAACACCAACACCAACAGAGACAACAACAUCCACAACUCCAGAGACAACAACAUCCACAACCAGUCCUACAACAACAACUACUGAAACACCAACACCCACAACUCCAGAGACAACAACAUCCACAACCAGUCCUACAACAACAACUACUGAAACACCAACACCCACAACACCAGAGACAACAACAUCCACAACCACUCCUACACCAACUACUGUAACACCAACAGCAACAGAGACAACAACAUCCACUACCACUCCUACAACAACAACUACUGAAACACCAACACCCACAACUCCAGAGACAACAACAUCCACAACCAGUCCUACAACAACAACUACUGAAACACCAACCCCCACAACACCAGAAACAACAACAUCCACAACCACUCCUACAACAACUACUGUAACACCAACACCAACAGAGACAACAACAUCCACAACCACUCCUACACCAACAACUACUGAAACAGCAACACCCACAACUCCAGAGACAACAACUUCCACAACCAGUCCUACAACAACUACUGUAACACCAACACCAACAGAGACAACAACAUCCACAACCACUCCUACAACAACAACUACUGAAACACCAACACCCACAACUCCAGAGACAACAACAUCCACAACCAGUCCUACAACAACUACUGUAACACCAACACCAACAGAGACGACAACAUCCACAACCACUCCUACACCAACAACUACUGAAACAGCAACACCCACAACUCCAGAGACAACAACUUCCACAACCAGUCCUACAACAACUACUGUAACACCAACACCAACAGAGACAACAACAUCCACAACCACUCCUACAACAACAACUACUGAAACACCAACCCCCACAACACCAGAGGCAACAACAUCCACAACUACUCUAACAACAACCAUUAGUAUGACAACAACUACUGUAACACCAACAGCAACAAAGACACCAACCACAACCCCUUUAAUUAUAAGUACACAUUCAACAACCCCCCCAAAAACACACCCUCAAGUUUGCGGCUGCACAUACUUGAAUGAAACUUUCCUACCAAACUCUACGAUCUACAAUGUAACAGACAAAGCGGGUUGGUGCUUCUUUGCUUAUUGCAACGCCUCUUGUUAUACUGUAAAAUGGACUGGACCAUGUAACCCGCACCCGACUCAACCACCUCCCAAAAACUGUGAAAACAACCAUAAGCAUGGGGAUUCAUGGAUAGAAGAUUGUAAGAACAAAACCUGUGUUAAUGGUGAAAUUAAGGUUCAACCUCUACCAUGUGAGAAAUCCAGUAUACCUCAAUGUGUAAAUGGUCUAAAUCCUGUGUUUUAUGACAGCUGCUGCCCCAAAUAUGAGUGCCCAUGUCAAUGCUAUGGCUGGGGUGACCCUCAUUUCUUAACCUUUGAUGGAAAAUACUACGCUUUUCAAGGGAACUGUACUUAUGUGUUGAUGCAAGAAAUAAUCCCAAAAUACAAUAUCAGUAUCCAUGUUAAAAACUAUUACUGUGAUGUUAAAAACCAUCUGGCUUGCCCUGAGUAUAUAAUAGUAUAUUACAAAUCCUAUACUGUCAAGAUUACUAACACGGAAGUGAUAGAGGUGUUUGUUGAUGGUGAUAAAAAGCAACUUACAUUCGCAAACGAAGCCUUCAUUAUCACCUCAUCGGGUAUGACGGUGAUUUUGAAAAUUGCUGAAAUCAAAGCAGAAGUUCAUGUUACUCACAAGGGUUUUUCAGUGAACCUCCCAUUCUCCUACUUUCAUGGUAACACAGAGGGACAGUGUGGUGUUUGUGACAACAAUACCUCAAAUGACUGCAGACUUCCUAAUGGAACAAUUAACCAAUCGUGUGAGUACAUGGCAGGAUUGUGGGCAGUACAACCAAACUGCACAACCCCACCACCUCAACCAAAGCCUCCAACUCCCGACUGCAAACCAAAAAUAUGUGAUGUCAUCAAUAGCAACUUGUUCAAAAGCUGUCAUCAGUUCGUUCCUCCAGAAGGCUUUUAUCAGGCAUGCAAAUAUGAUGUGUGCCACAUGAACGAUACGUCCAUUGGCUGUCAGAGCGUGGAGGCCUACGCCAAGUUGUGUGGUCAGCAGUCUGCCUGUAUCGACUGGAGAAAUUCUGCAGAUCUUCAAGGGUUAUGUGCAUACAAAUGCCCCAGUAACAAGGUAUACAAGGCUUGUGGGCCUAAAGUGGAAAAAACCUGCAGUACAUGGUAAAAGUUUAAA